AUGUCUGAGGACUGGGCGCACAUCGUCUUCGUCGCGCGGCUUUCAAGUGGAGAACGGGGUAAGGUGAACGCUGUCUUACGUGACAGCCUGAAUCACACUAUGAACUGUUACGAGCUCAUAUACGGGCCUAUCGAAUGCACUACGGAAUUCUUGACUUUCGCACAUCAGUCAAACUUGCCUCUAGCUCCCCAGGGCGAGGUUGACCGGUUCUUUACAAGAGCCAUCAAUUGCGCGAAGGCAACUAAAGACGGUAAGUUGCUGGUGGUUAUGAAUGGGUGGGACGGACUGACGACAGAUCCGGGCUCGUUUAUGAGCAUAUUUCGACCGGAUGCUUCCCGAGUCACCAUUCGCGUGUUCGCCGAGGUUCCCCGGUCUUUUUGGCAUGUUAAUGUCGAGCAGGCGAUCAAGGUUCUCGAUGGCACAAUUCGCAUCAACCCCUAUAUUGAGGGCCUGAUGUCCCAUGAAGCUUUCGAUCAAGAAACAAAAGAUCGAUUUCUCGUUGCCGAGGCCCAGCUUGAGUACUCUACUGCUGACUUUUGCCGCAAGCUUACUUGUCUACAGGCUAUCAAGAUGAACUGGUCGGGUGUCAAGCAACAGCUGCAAAAGGUGAGUAGCCAACGAAACACAGACCCCGCCAGUACUCGGAAUUUAGAUAAAUGGAAAUGCCCCGAGCCAAACUGUGGGAAAGCAUUUCCCGGGUACAAUGUCUACUACGCUCAUAGGCGUGUGCAUCUAGGUGAAACCACCAAAUUCCGCUGCAGGUAUUGCGAUCAGCCUUUUACACGCCAUGACACGCGUGAUCGCCACCAAGCUCAGACUUGCUCAAAGCGGACAGGGCAAGAGCUUGUGUCUUCUAGACCAAAGAGGCCGAAGGCCAUCCGCGGAAGCCGGCCAGUGCAGACCCUUGCGGGCAUGCCACGAAGUUCCGAUAGCUCUGUCGACUACUACAGACUCAGCCCGGAACAUAUUAAAGAUCUUCCUCGACUUGAGCUUGAUCGGAGCGUUCUCGACACGCUGCCGCUUAUCGACAAGCGCUGCGAUGUCAUAUACAAGGGUGAACUUUACUGUCGGUGGCCAGAAUGUGCGACUACAACUAGGUAUACCAGCACCAGUAAGCUUCGAGUCCACUAUAAAAAUGCUCAUGGUCACGAAUUCCUCGGAUUCAAAGCGGGCGUUUUGGAUGCUGGUUCUCAGCAAAAGCACAUACAGGGUCUCUUAUGGCUUACGAAGGCUGCUCUUCAUGGAAAAGAGAAUGCAGGACAUAAGCCCUACCCUCAGGCCCAGUAG